CUGGAGGGUAGACACUGCGAGAUUAGCUGCAAAAGUACAUUCUUCUCAGGCAGUUUAAUAGACAGCGACUGGGGUCCUUCAAGCUUUUAACUCACGCAUGCGCAUGAAAGAAAGUCUCUUUCUCGGUGGACACAAUGGCGGACGCAGAAAAGAAGGUUCCGGCGGUCCCUGAGAGCCUUUUGAAAAGGCGGAAGGCCUUCGCCACCAUGAAGACCAUGCGCAUCAAGAAGAUGCUUGCCGAAAAAAAAACUCGUAAGGUGACCAGGAAACUGAUCUACAAGAGGGCUGAGAAGUACCACAAGGAGUACAGGGAGAUGUACCGACGUGAGAUCCGCAUGGGGCGGACAGCCCGCAAGGUCGGGAACUUCUACGUCCCAGCUGAGCCCAAGUUGGCCUUCGUCAUCAGGAUCAGGGGUAUCAACGGUGUCAGCCCCAAGGUGCGCAAGGUCCUCCAGCUCAUGCGUCUGCGUCAGAUCUUCAACGGAGUGUUCGUCAAACUGAACAAGGCUUCCAUCAACAUGUUGAGGAUCGCCGAGCCCUACAUCGCUUGGGGGUACCCCAACCUGAAGUCUGUUCGCGAGCUGAUCUACAAGCGUGGCCAUGGCAGGAUGACCAAGCAGCGCAUCGCCCUCACGGACAACGCCCUGGUCGAGAAGGCCCUGGGUAAAUACAGCAUCAUCUGUGUGGAAGACCUGAUCCAUGAGAUCUACACAGUCGGGAAGAACUUCAAGCCUGCCAACAACUUCCUGUGGCCCUUCAAACUGUCCACACCCCGCGGCGGCAUGAACAAGAAGACGACUCACUUUGUGGAGGGAGGAGACGCUGGAAACAGGGAGGACCAGAUCAACAGACUCGUCAGGAGGAUGAACUAGAGGUUUUUUCCAAAGGAUGCUGUUGUCUGUACAAUAAACAUCAAAAGGAACUUA